UGACUUCCAGCGUCAUCAGUUCCCACUGUCAAGCACCUCCACUCAUCGUUCACCUUUUUAACAUUUCUUCACUGGCUAGCCUUACUCCCACGCCACCGUCUCCUCCUCUGGCCUUCUUCUCCUCCUCCUUUCAGAUCUGCCGUGUCUAGUGGUUCCUAAUUGAUUUUAUUUACGGCUGAUUCAACUUAAAAAAGAGAAAAUAGAAAAUGAGUAUGUACGGAAGGGAUCCCUGGGGCGGUCCGCUGGAGAUAAACGCGGCGGAUUCCGCCACUGACGAUGACCGGAGUAGAAAUCUUCAGGACCUUGACAGGGCUGCUCUGUCUAGGCCUUUGGACGAGACUCAACAGAGCUGGCUUCUUGGACCAACUGAGCAGAAGAAGAAGAAGAAAUACGUCGAUCUCGGUUGUAUCAUCGUUAGUCGCAAGAUCUUCGUCUGGACUGUCGGUACUCUUCUCGUUUCCGGCUUCUUGGCUGGUUUCAUUACUCUCAUCGUCAAGACUGUGCCUCGCCACCACCACUCUAAAUCCCCUCCGGAUAAUUACACUCUUGCUCUCCACAAGGCACUCAUGUUCUUCAAUGCCCAACGAUCUGGGAAACUUCCAAAGCACAAUAACGUGUCGUGGAGAGGUAAUUCUUGUGUAAAUGAUGGGAAAUCGGCGACGGGUACGAUUUUCAAAGAUCUGGCUGGUGGGUAUUACGACGCCGGAGAUGCUAUUAAGUUCAACUUCCCUGCUUCUUUUGCUAUGACCAUGCUGAGCUGGAGCGUUAUAGAGUACAGUGCUAAGUAUGAAGCAGCUGGGGAGCUCAAUCAUGUCAAAGAUAUUAUUAAGUGGGGAACUGAUUACUUUCUCAAAUGCUUCAAUCAUACUGCAGAUACUAUCAACACCAUUGCUGCACAGGUUGGUUCAGGAGAUACUUCUGGAGGAAAUACGUCUCCUAAUGAUCAUUAUUGCUGGAUGCGCCCUGAGGACAUUGAUUACCCACGAAGUGUUACUCAAUGCAGUAGUUGUUCGGAUCUUGCUGCUGAAAUGGCUGCUGCCUUAGCAUCUGCAUCCAUUGUUUUCAAAGAUAACAAGGCCUACUCACAAAAACUCGUUCAUGGUGCUAAAACUCUAUUUAAAUUCGCAAGGGGCCAACGAGGUAGAUAUAGUUCGAGUACAGAGGCUGCCCUUUUCUAUAAUUCAACUAGCUACUGGGAUGAGUUUAUUUGGGGUGGAGCUUGGCUCUACUAUGCUACUGGCAAUAAUACUUAUCUUCAGCUUGCUACCACCCGUGGUUUGGCCAAGCAUGCUGGUGCUUUCUCGGGAGGGCCAUACUACGGUGUGCUUAGCUGGGAUAAUAAGCUCACUGGUGCUCAGGUGCUUCUGAGUCGUUUGAGGCUGUUCUUGAGCCCUGGAUAUCCAUAUGAAGAAAUAUUAAGGACAUUUCACAACCAGACCAGUAUAAUCAUGUGUUCUUACCUGCCAAUUUUUACAAGCUUUAACAGAACCAAAGGAGGAUUGAUCCAGUUAAACCACGGGGCACCUCAGCCACUUCAGUAUGUUGUCAAUGCAGCCUUCCUUGCCACCCUAUUUAGUGAUUAUCUCGAAGCUGCAGAUACGCCUGGAUGGUACUGUGGACCAAAUUUCUACUCAACUGAUGUAUUGCGUGAAUUUGCCAAGACCCAGGUUGAUUAUAUAUUGGGCAAAAAUCCUCGGAAAAUGAGCUAUGUUGUGGGUUUUGGUAAUCAUUACCCAAGGCAUGUCCACCACAGAGGUGCAUCCAUCCGUAAGGACAAGAUCAAGUACAACUGCAAGGGAGGGUGGAAGUGGAGGGACUCCUCCAAGCCUAACCCAAAUACACUGGUUGGAGCCAUGGUUGCUGGCCCUGACAAGCACGAUGGUUUCCACGAUGUUCGUACCAACUACAAUUACACAGAACCAACUCUUGCUGGCAAUGCAGGUCUAGUUGCAGCACUUGUUGCUUUGUCAGGUGACAGGACUACCGGGAUUGACAAGAACACCAUUUUCUCAGCUGUUCCUCCAAUGUUCCCCACUCCACCACCGCCUCCAGCACCCUGGAAACCCUAAGCUGCCUGUAUUUUUUAGUUAAAGUGCGUCUUAUGUGACUUAUGGUUAGAGGAAUUAGCUGCAGCAGAUCUUUGAACUUAGAUUUGGAAGUAAUGGUAAUGCAAAAUUGAGGAAGAAGAUGAGGCAUAGGAAACAAUGCAUUGGACAAUGUUUGUGAAGACAGUUGUGCGAGGCCUGAUGGAUUCAGACAAGCAUUAAGAAAUUGAUAUUCUGCAUCUCGGAAUUUCUCUUGUUUGAAUUUUUGUGAUAUAUACAUAGUAUAAUGUGUAAGAUAUCAAAUCUUGUAUUCUUUGAAACAUUUGAAUCUGAACAGUACAAAAUUUAUUAACAAUAAACUGCCAUUUAAUGUCUGA